GGCUGCCGCACACGUUGGCGCGGUGUGUGCGGGUGGAAUUGGCCUCCGCACCGCGAAAGAUUCAUCCCGGAAGUAGUUAUUGGUCGUCUCCAUGCGCCGGUUCCUGGGCGUCGUAGAGCCAAGGCGCGAGGCUCGGACCCAGAGGUAGAGCCGGAGGGGACGCUAAGCGCCCCCGGCCCAGGACGCUAACCGCUGCGCCUGUGGGGCCGGCCCCGGCGCCAUCAUGCUGCUCCUGCCGAGCGCUGCGGACGGCCAGGGCACCGCCAUCACCCACGCUCUGACCUCUGCCUCAACACUCUGUCAAGUUGAACCUGUGGGAAGAUGGUUUGAAGCUUUUGUUAAGAGGAGAAACAGGAAUGCUUCUGCCUCUUUUCAGGAACUGGAGGAUAAGAAAGAGUUAUCAGAGGAAUCGGAAGAUGAAGAAUUGCAGUUAGAAGAGUUUCCCAUGUUGAAAACACUUGAUCCCAAAGACUGGAAGAACCAAGAUCAUUAUGCAGUACUUGGACUUGGCCAUGUAAGAUACAAAGCUACACAGAGACAGAUCAAAGCAGCUCAUAAAGCAAUGGUUUUAAAACAUCACCCAGACAAACGGAAAGCAGCUGGUGAACCAAUCAAAGAAGGAGAUAAUGACUACUUCACUUGCAUAACUAAAGCUUAUGAAAUGUUAUCUGAUCCAGUGAAAAGACGGGCAUUCAACAGUGUAGAUCCUACUUUUGAUAACUCAGUUCCUUCUAAAAGUGAAGCAAAGGACAAUUUCUUCGAAGUGUUUUCCCCAGUGUUUGAACGGAAUUCUAGAUGGUCAAAUAAAAAAAAUGUUCCUAAACUUGGUGAUAUGAAUUCAUCAUUUGAAGAUGUAGAUGCAUUUUAUUCUUUCUGGUAUAAUUUUGAUUCUUGGAGAGAAUUUUCUUAUUUAGAUGAAGAAGAAAAAGAAAAAGCAGAAUGUCGUGAUGAGAGGAGAUGGAUUGAAAAGCAGAACAGAGCAACAAGGGCACAAAGAAAAAAAGAAGAAAUGAAUAGGAUAAGAACAUUAGUUGACAAUGCAUAUAGCUGUGAUCCAAGGAUAAAAAAAUUUAAGGAAGAAGAAAAAGCCAAGAAAGAAGCAGAAAAGAAAGCAAAAGCAGAAGCAAAACGGAAGGAGCAAGAAGCUAAAGAAAAACAAAGACAAGCUGAAUUGGAAGCUGCUCGGUUAGCUAAAGAGAAAGAAGAGGAGGAAGUUAGACAACAAGCAUUAUUGGCAAAGAAGGAAAAAGAUAUCCAGAAAAAAGCCAUUAAGAAGGAAAGGCAAAAACUUCGAAACUCAUGCAAGACCUGGAAUCACUUCUCUGACAAUGAGGCAGAGCGGGUUAAAAUGAUGGAAGAAGUGGAAAAACUUUGUGAUCGGCUUGAACUAGCAAGCUUACAGUGCUUGAAUGAAACACUCACAUCAUCUACAAAAGAAGUAGGAAAGGCUGCUCUGGAAAAACAGAUAGAAGAAAUAAAUGAGCAAAUCAGAAAAGAGAAAGAGGAAGCUGAGGCUCGAAUGCGACAAGCGUCUAAGAAUGCAGAGAAAUCAACUGGUGGGAGUGGAAAUGGCAGUAAAAACUGGUCAGAAGAUGAUCUGCAAUUACUAAUUAAAGCUGUGAACCUCUUCCCUGCUGGAACAAAUUCAAGAUGGGAGGUUAUUGCUAAUUACAUGAACAUCCAUUCUUCUUCUGGAGUCAAGAGAACCGCCAAAGAUGUUAUUGGCAAAGCAAAGAGUCUUCAGAAACUUGACCCUCAUCAAAAAGAUGACAUAAACAAAAAGGCAUUUGAUAAAUUUAAAAAAGAACAUGGAGUGGUGCCUCAAGCAGACAACGCAACACCUUCGGAACGGUUUGAAGAGAGAAAUCCAUGGUGUUAAAUGUGGGCUUCAGACCAAUGAAAGGAAAUUCCACUGAGGGCUUCCCUGGAAUUUGAAAGCGGACUACAUCCAGGUUUUUAACUAUUUAACAUUUUCCUACAAAUGGGAUGUGUAAUACUUACAAUCUUAGAUAGACCUAUAUUUGUUUCUGAUACAUGUUGAGAGGUCUUGUCAAGCAUAAAGGGGUUAGUUUAGUAGAGGUUCUUAUUAGCAUUGGUUCUGCAAGAAAUGUGUUGAAAAUGCCACACUGGAACACAGAAUCUAAUGUCACCUUGCCUCUACACUGAAACUUUGGGCACUUGGCUUAAUUUUCCUAGGCUCUUUCUUCCAGUGUAAACUGAAAAUGUUUUUCAGGGUCUCAUCGGCCUAAAAGUUUAACUGUCAGGCAGCUUCCUUAUGAUUUAUCAUUUACACUUGUGUUUUUGAACCAGUCUGGUAAGAUUAUUAGGUUGGAAGAGAUCAGCAUUAUAAUAGGU